CCCCGCGUGCCCGGCUGGCUGCUGGAGUCCGGCGGCCCAGGGCGCGGGGACGCGGCCGAGCCUGCGGUGCGGCCGAGCCUGCGGUGCGGCCGGGCUUUCGGGAGGACUCACGGAGCCAUGAGCUGCGGGCUGGCGAGGGCGGCGGCGCUGCUGCUCGGGCUGCUAGUGCAGUGUACAGAGGCCAAAAAGCACUGCUGGUAUUUUGAAGGACUCUAUCCCACAUACUAUAUAUGCCGCUCCUAUGAAGAUUGCUGUGGUUCCAGGUGCUGUGUCCGGGCCCUCUCUAUACAGAGACUGUGGUAUUUUUGGUUCCUGCUGAUGAUGGGUGUGCUCUUCUGCUGCGGAGCGGGUUUCUUCAUCCGCAGGCGUAUGUAUCCACCACCGCUUAUCGAGGAGCCCACAUUCAAUGUGUCCUACACCAGGCAGCCCUCAAAUCCUGCUCCAGGAGCCCAGCAGCUGGGGCCACCAUAUUACACCGACCCUGGAGGACCAGGGAUGAAUCCUGUUGGCAACACCAUGGCAGUGGCUUUCCAGGUCCAACCCAGUCCAUCCCACGGAGGCAUGGCCUACCCACCCCCCCCUUCCUACUGCAACACUCCCCCACCCCCCUAUGAACAGGUGGUGAAAGACAAGUAAGAAGAUGCUACACUUGAAGGCAGAGCGGCUGGACAGGCCCUUUGGGUGUCCGCCCAUCCUCAUUGUUACUUGCUGACAGGGGUGGUCCAAGGGCGAAUUCCUCUUUGGUAUCUUCAAGGCAAGCCCAGCUCUUUCAAGUUUUUCAUGGAGGACAUUUGAAUCCGCACUGUGUCUCCUCUGUUGCUUCUGUUUCUGAUGCUGUCUGCGCUCUCUAGAAGAAUGUGGCAACAGUCCCCAAGGGUUGGCAUUGUGGUGGUCAGACCAGGUCUUCAGAGAGGGGCUAAGAGGACAGCAAGGCAAAGCUUAAGUCUCAGGGGGAUAGAUAGAUGGGUUGGGCUGAGGUGAGUCCUACAUGAAGCAGCAGUUGAACAGAGAGGAAGUCCAAAGGGUCACCAUCUCCUGUCCCAGCCCAUUCUCUUUCUAGAAGCUGUUAGAGAUGUGUUGGGGAGAAUAAGCCUCUUGCUGCUGUUCUGUCUCCACUCCUGUCCUGAAGUUGGGCUUUCCUGUGCAGAGACAGGGAAGACCCAAGUGUAUGCUGCUUCCACUGCAAGGUGAAUGCAGUAUCAGGCCCAAGCUGGACAUUGCACUUAACUAAAGAUCACCAAGGAAAAGAGGAGUCUUGGAUUAGGGAAAAUUACUGUCUUCCCCAAAUGGAGACAUUGUAUUUUAUGAAUCUUGGUCUGACUUGGGAGGAAAAGAAUGUUUCCCUUUUCUUUUAGUGCAUUUAUUGACGUUUGAGCCUGUCCUUUGAGAUCAGCUAGAAAGUGUUCUCCCUGAACCCCGGCUCAGAGGGCUCCCAUGCCCUUCCCUUGAGUAGUUCUGGUGGUAGGUUUCAUGGACACUUCAAAGCAGAGGGAUACAUUAGUCUGGGAAGUUACAUUGACCCUUGGAGGGAUGGAGAUCAGGCAAGGUGGCCCAGCCAAGUCAGGACAGCUUUGCUAAGAAGGAGCUGGUAGGGUUGUAUUGAUUAGAGCAGAGAUGUGCUGGGCUCAGAAGAGGGAGUUUACUGAUAAAACAAUGGAAGCCUGCUUAGUUGCACAGACCACAUAAUCAAGAAGGUGUAGUUAGAGAUUCAAUUUCCCAGGUGAGAAUUGUAGCUCACCCACAGUUUUACAAGUAGUAGAGGGAGUUGUUCACAGUAAGGAGUUUUAUUCUGCAUAGUUAGUUGUGUUGAUGUGUAGUUAAACACAGAUUGAGACAUGGCUGUGUCUUGUGUGCUGAGAGCAAUGCAGCAUAGCUGAGACGUCUAGAUUGCUCUGUGUGUAGUAACUGGGGAGUAGGGCUGGGAAAGAGGGCAUUUAUGUUUGAAAUGAACUAAUCAAAACCUCUUGAUAAGUUAUUACCCAUUGAAUUUGAGCAUCCCAAAUGUCUCACUGGAGUGGACAUGGAGUGUUCUUCACCACCUAGCAGACCUAGUGUUCAUGCUCUUUUGGGGUAUUUAUAUAGGGUAGGGGUUCGGGAAUGGGGAUGGUAGCUUCAUGGUCUUGCUUUAAGGACAGAGAACACGAGGACUCAGUAGACAGUUUGAGAAAUGCCAGGGAAGGCAUAAACACCCUUGGGAAGAGUUUGUGGACACAGAUGCUGCUGCCCAAGUCAUUGACCACUCUAGUGUGACCUGGCUUCCUGUUUCUAGUUUCAAUCCCACCCCCUGCCCAGGUCAUUGUUUUAAAUAAAGCACAAUGUCUGCUGUUUACAACCAAGACUACUAUGUGGGUCCAAACAUUUCCUCCGAUCAUUUGUUUAGUCUUUUAACUUCAGCUUCCUCUGUCAGUUCUUACCCCCUGAGAAGCACACUAGGAGCUGACCCUGGGAUUGGAUCAGGGAACAGCUGAACAAAGGCACACAGUGUCCAUGACUCAACUUUAUCUUUUUGAUAGCAAAUGAUUUUAAGAAACUGAACAACUGACAGGGCUCGGUAAUUUUAUACUCCAGUGUCUGUGUGAGAUAAGUUUUGUUUGCCAUUGAGCCUAGGUUUGAAUUCCUGCAGCCGUAAACACUGGCAGUGCCUGUGGAAACUGCACUUCUGGGGAUGUUUCCCAGCCAUUCUCAUUUUCUCAUGCUGUGGUAACAACUCACUCCCUUAGAGCAGUCCUAUCUGUGUGCUGAAGUCCUGCAGAGCCGGUGCUUAGAAGCAAACUUGAAGCAGGCUUGUGCAUGCUUUUCCUUGGCAAUACUUGGCUCAUCUUUCUUUGUUGUUCUCUUUUGAUAGAGUCCCAUUUCCUAUGUAUAAAAAUAAAAUGAAUUUGAUCAUG